GUUUUUCAAGUCUGCUUCUGUGUUUACGUUGAGUAUUUUAGAAAGUAUACCGAAAAUACGAGGUUUUAAGGAGAAAGAAGGAUAAAUUAUUCUCUUAGCAUAAAGAAAAAUCUAUCUAUUUAUCUCUACAUCGCAAAGUGAAGAAAGAGAAAAGGGAAAAAAGGAUUUAAAAGAAAAAUAAGAUCUACUUAUUCGUCCAUUUUUUCCUCAUUUGAUUAUAAUUCCAAUAGAGACAAAAAUAGACAUUAGUGUGUAUAUAUAUGUUUAUUUGCGGUCAAGAUAGAAAGGAGAGACAGACGUCGAAAGUUGAACUGUAUUUUUAUCUCUUUAGUUUAAGAUUUUUGCUUGUAUAAAAGAAAUAGAGAGAUUAUGACUAAUGUUACUAAUACUUUAAAUUUACUUAAUGAAACAACAACAAAUUUGUUAUUGACUGCCGUUUAUAGUACUUUUCAAGUUGAGAAUACAACUCGAAUUGUUGAGAAGAGCUCGAUAAAAGAUCCUAGCAAUAAUGAUGAUAAUGGUGAUAUAAAUGCUGGAAUAAUUGCGGCUUGUUGCGCAGGAGGACUUGUAGUUUUAUUUGCUUUCGUUUGCCUUGUACUUCGAUAUAAAUGCAGAAGUGUAUCGACGCCACUAAAAUCCAAUAAGAGACGCUUCCAAGAGAAUUUUGAUAAUAAGAAUUUCGUAUUUGAAGAUGAGACUUUAAAAAUUGAACGUCCUCUACCUCCAGAACCAAAAAACCAUAUUGAAGUAUUAGAAAGAGCAGAAGAAGCUAUUGAGAGUUUAGAUUUAUCAGACGGUAUCACAGAAAAGAAAAUAUCAAAUAACGAUCGUAAAAUUAACGGUGAUAUCAAUCUAUCUGAAAAAAGUAACCUGUCAAAUGGUGAAACCGUGGUUGAAGUUCACAGAGAACUAACGGAAAGUGAAAAGAAUCUAAGGGACUUAACAAUUACACCAGACGAACUGGAUUAUCAGUCCAGCAUAAAUGAAAUAGACAAAGUGUUAAAUAAUUUGGUCGAUGAAGAAAGCAUUUAGGUGAAAGAAAAUAAGAAGAUAGUUCUUGCCUGAAAUAAACUACGGUUCCUUUGUUGACAAAUGACAAACAAUUAAACCGAUUAAAUGUCUUCUCUAGUUAAUCAUAUAUAUAUAUACAGUAUAUAUAUAUAUGUUUGUGUGUGUAUUAUAGGGUUCCCCCCUUCUGAUUUCUUUUUAUUUUAAGCUAUACUAUACCAAAAAGAAAACAAACACUCUUUUUUUUAAAUUAAAUAUUCUUAUUCCUUUUUAUAAUGUGUUUUAUUUGUAUUGUAGCAUUUUUAUUUUUCUUUUACCUCAUUUUCUAUCAGUUUUUCUUUUUUAAGUACGUCCGAU